CUUGACCCUUUCACCUCGAGUUUAGCAGAACUCGUCCGCUCCUUUUCGGUCUUUUGUUUCUCGUCGUCGCUGGACUUCUCGUCGUCGAUCUUGUGCUUUUGCUUUUGCUGUUGCGCGCUCUGCUCUGCGAGCACCCACAUUCCUUACCACAGACACUGACCCUAGUCACUCAUUCGAGUCCACAACAGCGACUGCCAUUAGCAAAACCGUUCGACUGUGGCCAGCCGAUGCUCAUGCGCCAGUUUCUAUAGAACAUCCAGCAAUACCUUGCCUUGAGCAAUGCGCAAACGAACCAUCACCUCGAGCGCCAGCGCUCUGCUGCUAUUUACAGCUUCACUGGUCGCCGCAAAGCACGGGGCACACGAACACCUCGAAGCGCUGCACAAGAGACAUCGCAUCCAUCGCCAGCUGGACCCCAGGUCAACAGCCGAGAAUGCUGAACAAGGCGUGGAAAUAAGGUCGACUCCUGAGACCACGACUCAAGCAACCGUAGAAAAGCGCGGCGGGCAGUGCGCUUUCCCAACUGAUGCGGGAUUGGUCGCGGUGACUCCAAAUGAGGCGAACGCUGGAUGGGCUAUGAGCCCUGAUCAGCCGUGUACUCCUGGAAACUACUGCCCUUAUGCCUGCCCACCUGGUGAGGUAAUGAUGCAAUGGGAUCCAAGUGCCACAUCAUAUACUUACCCGAAAUCAAUGAACGGCGGUCUGUAUUGUGACGAAAGCGGCAACAUUCAGAAACCUUUCCCGAGCAAGCCCUACUGCCAGUCCACGGCGAGCAACAUUGGCGUUCAGAACAAUGCUGGUAGCGUUGUCUCGUUCUGUCAGACGGUGCUCCCUGGUAACGAAGCCAUGCUCAUUCCCACUGCUGUCACCGACUAUGCGACCCUGGCUGUUCCAGACACCAGUUAUUGGUGCGGGACGGCUGCGCACUACUAUAUCAAUCCACCUGGAACUGAUACCGAUACAGCUUGUGUCUGGGGCACAAAGAGUAGUCCCUGGGGCAACUGGUCACCAUACGUCGCUGGAGCCAAUGUCGACACCUCGGGAAGUACUUUUAUCAAACUUGGAUGGAAUCCCAUCUACCUUGAACCAGCCACCCCUUUCCGCAAUAACAUGCCGAACUGGGGUGUCAAGAUCGACUGUCCCAACGGCGGCUGUAACGGGCUUCCCUGCGCAAUCGAUCCCAGCCAAAACAGUGUCAACCAGAUGGUUGGUAGCUCCAGCGAUGGAGCUGGUGGUGGCGCAUUCUGCGUGGUCACGGUGGACAAGGGGGCGACCGCCAACUUUGUGGUUUUCAACACCGGUGGCGACGAAAGUGACAACAACAGCGGCAGCAGUGCAAGUUCGACCACGACGUGGAACAAGGGUGGUCAUGGUGGGCAAUUCUUCCAGUCCACCAGUAACGCGGCAACCUCUUCCACCCCUUCUUCCUCGUCAUCCUCAAGCACGACCACUACGGUUGCCUGGACUCCAAGUGCUUCGUCGUCAUCGUCAUCAAGUCACACAUCAAGCUCGGUCUCGCUCUGGACUUCAGCGACCAACACCUACACGUCGAGAGGACCGACGCACUCGCCUUAUUACUCCAUCUUCAACAACCACACGACAUACGUUCCCACCGACAGCGCUCCUCAAAUUUCCAGCAGUGAAGCUACUGCUACUCCAUCUGGGCCGAGCUCAGCAGUGCAACCCUCGAUUUUACCUGCUACAGGGGCUGCUUCUUCUGUCACCAUCUCCAUGGUCGGCCUUCUCACUGGCCUGGCCUUCUACGCCCUAGCACCAUUGUGAUGCAUCGCCGCAUCAUCAUGCAGAAGAGCUUUUCCGAGCAAUAAUGUGGUCCUCGGAACUCUAGCGCAGCUGGACUUGCAAGAUCCUCCUAUGCAACCCUGUAUCGGCUGGUUAUUCUCGACCGACAUCUUCUUUUCUUUUGUCGACACUUUUCUUAACGAACCUUUUUCUUUUCGAGAGAAUUUCUUGGAAACACAUCCACCAUUUUGGAACAACAUUCUGGUAAUGCCGGCAAAGCAAGGGUUUCAGCGAAUUACUUUCACACUUGAUGCUUGUGGAUAAAAGUCAGCGAGGAGUAACAUGAGCAGGAAAGAAUGGGAUUUGCUGUUCGUAUUCGGGGGUUUUAUGUACGGAUUGAAGGCCUUUUGAAUAACGAUGUCCACGUUUGUGCUUUGCAUAUGGAGAGGGAGAUGGAGAUGGCGGGCGUGGGUGGAAUGUUUGGGACAGGAGGACUCAUGUUGUAGAAGAGUGUAUAGCUGAUUGUAAUGUAAAUAUCAUUAUCUCUGGAGGCUGACGAGGACUGUCAAUACGAAUUACUAUCGUAGUAUGUAAGAAAGAAC